GUCGCAUCUCUGCUAUCGAGAGCUGCCGUACGAAUCAUGUUGCCGCUCAUGGUGCAAUGUUGAAGCGCCUUUCAACAACUCUUGUCCUCCCUUCCAGACGCAAGUCCGAACAAUCCAUCUUCUCCAUCACCUCCUCUCCCCUCGCCGCCGACAUGGGCGCGCCGAACUUGCAGUCUCCGCAACAACAAAACUGCCUCUACCUUAUCAGCGCAAAUGACGAAAUUUACGAGAACGACAUUCUUCGAUCACCCGGGAAUGUGAAAGCUUGGCUCGACUACGCGCAUUUCAAACGUCAAUAUGGCACAUUGCUUGAGCAGAGCUUCGUGCUGGAACGAGCAUGCAUUGCUCUUCCGCGGUCUUACAAAUUGUGGAAAAUGUACUUGGAGCUGAGGACAAAGCAUUUGAAGGGCAGGAGUCCUGCGCGAUGGAAGGCCGAAUAUCAAAAAGUCAACGCGCUCUUCGAAAGGGCAUUGGUUCUGCUCAACAAAAUGCCGAAGAUCUGGGAAAUGUACUUGGAAUUUCUGUGCACGCAGCCGCUUGUCACAUUUACGAGGAGAACGUUCGAUCGAGCUCUGAGAGCACUACCGGUGACGCAGCACAACAGAGUAUGGAGGUUAUACCGACCGUUCGCGACCAGUGCCGGAGGUGAGACAACAGUGAGGGUGUGGAGGAGAUAUAUCCAGCUACACCCGGAAUACGUCGAAGAGUUCAUCGAUCUACUGGUCCGUGAGAGGAGGUACACGGAAGCGGUGCAACAUUACGUUCAGAUCUUGAACAAUCCUCGAUUCAAAAGCCAGGAAGCAAAAGGUCCUUUCCAACAUUGGACAGAGAUGCUGGAGGUCUUGAUCGACCACGCGCGAAAGGUGCCCAAUCCCGUGCCUCUGCUGGACGGAAGUGCUCUGGACAUUGAGACCAUUGUGCGAUCGGGCUUAGAAAGAUUCCCGGAUCAGAGAGGAAUCUUGUGGGUCGGGCUAGCCCGAUACUAUAUCAAUUUAGGCGCAUACGAACGAGCGAGAGAUGUGUUCGAGGAUGGAAUCACUACAGCUAUGACAGUGCGCGACUUCUCUGUCGUGUUUGACACAUAUGCAGAGGCGGAGGAAGCGCUAAUCUCCAUCAAAAUGGAUGAAUCUGCGGCGCGACAGGAGAAGGGCAAAGUUGACGAGGAUGCGGACCUGGAUCUGGACAUCCGGAUGAUGCGAUUUGAACAGCUCAUGGAUCGUCGACCCUUCCUUGUCAACGACGUCUUGCUCCGGCAAAACCCGCACAAUGUCAACGAAUGGCAGAAACGCGUGGCGCUGUGGGGCGAUAACAAGGCCAUGGUCGUGCAAGCAUACGCGGAUGCGAUCGCAGCAAUUAACCCUAAGAAAGCUGUUGGGCGUUUCCAUGAGCUCUGGGUCAACUAUGCCAAGGUCUACGAAGCUGGCGGAGACCUUAUCAAUGCGCGCAUUAUCAUGGAAAAGGCUGUCAAGGUGCCCUAUAAGUCUGUGUCUGAGCUUGCUGAAUGCUGGACUGAGUGGGCAGAAAUGGAGUUGCGCAACGAGAACUUCGACCAGGCCGUCAACAUCAUGGCAACUGCCACAAAGGCACCGAAGCGCAGCAACGUCGACUACUUCGACGAAACUCUCUCACCGCAGCAGAGGGUUCAUAAGUCAUGGAAGCUAUGGUCAUUCUACGUGGACCUUGUCGAAUCGGUAUCGUCGCUGGAAGAGACUAAGAAGAUUUACGAUCGCAUAUUCGAGCUCCGCAUCGCAACACCACAGACAGUCGUCAAUUACGCCAACCUGCUCGAAGAAAAUGGAUACCACGAGGAGAGCUUCAAGAUCUACGAACGCGGAUUGGAUCUAUUCUCAUACCCAGUUGCUUUCGAACUCUGGAACCUCUAUCUCACGAAAGCCGUUGAUCGUCGCAUUUCCAUAGAACGACUUCGCGACCUCUUCGAACAAGCCGUGGAAGGCUGUCCUCCACGCUUUGCCAAGACCUUGUACCUGAUGUAUGGUGCUCUCGAGGAAGAGCGGGGUCUCGCACGGCACGCAAUGCGCAUCUAUGAGAGGGCUACGCGCGCCGUCGGCGACGAAGAUCGCAGUGAGAUGUUUAACUUCUACAUCACCAAGUCUGCCUCGAACUUCGGUCUCACCUCAACAAGACCGAUUUAUGAGCGCGCCAUCGCUGCUCUGCCUGAUAAGGAAGCUGCAGUCAUGUGCAUCAAGUUCGCAGAAAUGGAACGUCGCCUCGGUGAGAUUGACCGUGCUCGUGCCAUUUAUGGCCAUGCUUCACAGUUCUGUGAUCCUCGCGUUGAGCAAGACUUCUGGCGAAAGUGGGAAGCUUUCGAGGUGCAACACGGAAACGAAGAUACUUUCAAGGAAAUGCUGCGCAUCAAGCGAAGCGUGCAAGCGCAGUUCAAUACGGACGUCAAUUUUAUCGCUUCGCAAGCUGUCGCAAGACAAGCUGCUGCUGCUAAUGGCAAUGCCAACGGUGAUGCCAACGGCAAUGACGAGGAAAUGGACGCCGAAACUGCAGACGCUAUGGCUCAGCUAGAGAGACAAGCUCGAGCACAGGUUGGCUUCGUGGCUGCUUCCUCUGGACCCGAAGGUGGGAACAGGAAGAAGCCCGAAGAGCCCCAUAAGGAGACUGUGAACACCGAUGCGGUCGAACUUGACGAUGAAGAUCUGUAGAUAUAAUACCACGUGAAGCUGGAUAGCGUUGUGAAUAUUAGAACAUUCUCCACGAGGCCGCCUUCGGCAUAACUCAACCACAUUUGCCUCCUAAUCAGGACGUCGGCGUUUCUUGGCGGGGCUGAAGAGGCGUUCAGCUGAGCUGUACCUCUUCAAAGUCUGCUGCGCAA